AUGGACAACGACCCUGACACCCAGCGAAUUCUUGCCCGCCUGGACAACUACGGUACUCCUCAAGAGAUCGCUGAAAAAGGCUUUCGCGUCUGUCGUGUCGAUGCUGAUCUGCGCGCUAAGCUGAACAGGGUCAAGAGGGUUGCUGCAACUACGGCUGCUGUAAUUGCCACGGAUGCAAUUACGGCUGCUGCACUUACGACUGCUGCAAUUGCACACAGUAGUGCUGUCUCCGCCUCCAUGGCCGCUUCCACAUCAUCUACUGCUGGCACCAUCCCUAUCCUCAAGAGAAAAACCGCAGUCCCCACCUCCACCAUCCCCGCCAUCCCUCCCCAAGGCCAGCCGCGGGCUAUCAAGGCGCUCAAGAACAAGAUCGCAGUAAUGGAAGAUGCUCUCACAGAGAUGCGCAAUGAAGCGCCCAAGAUGCGCGAGUGCAUGGCAUGGAUGUGGGACAUCAUUGGCAAGGAAUGCAUGAAUCACAUUCCAAAGCAGUUGAAGGAUAUGUACCAUGAAACGAUGGUCGUGGACUUGGUGAAUUGGCAGCCAAACGGUAGGGUGAAAGGUGGCAAAGGUAAGGAUGACUUGAAGAAUACAAAGGGUAAAGAGGAGGUCAAGGUCAAGGAGAGGGCGUCUGCUGCCGACAAUGUCGUUGCAGGUGUCAAGCGAAGGUGCGUAUCGCCUCUUGGUAAAGACGCUAAGAAGAUCAAGUUUGAGCAGAGGGAAGUCUAA